CUGAGAUAAUUUUCUACUCUUUCAGAUAUUGACAACUGCAAGUCAGCGUCUAUAGUGACAUGGAAAACUACAUUCCUAAGUUGCCACUUAGAAAAUCCUUGAGGCAUAUCACAGAAGACAGACUGAGUCAAAUUGUACAAACUUUCCAUGAUGCAGAUGAAGAGGGCAAAGGAUUUUUGUCUAGUGAGGAUCUCAAAGUGGCAUUUGUGUCCCUUUUUGGGUACAAGCCAUCCAAAAAUGAAGUAGCACAACUCAUGGGCAAAACACAAACUGCAGUUUCCAGAGUCAACACUUUAUCACCUGGUGAUCAACCCCUAGCUACAAAACCAAAGGCCUUUGGGGGUGAAAAAACCUCUGAUCACAACCAUAUGUCUUUGGAACAUUUCACAGAGAUAGCAAAAAAGAAGAUUUUGGCAGAAGAUAACAAUGACGAAAUUCGUCAGAUGUUUAUUGCAUUUGAUGUCAUGUGCUAUGGUUUUAUCACAUUAGAUAUUGCUAAGAGGAUAUUUCAGCAUGUUGCACCCUUUUUAGACUCUGUUACCAUAGAGAAGCUGUUUCGUGAGGCAGAUAUGGACCGAGAUGGGAGAGUGAGUUACAGAGAUUUUGAAUUCAUCAUGAACUUUGAGCUGGACGAGUGGCUGUAAAGGAAAAAUCUUACCCUUAUCCAUGUUUUAAAAAACGUUGAUUUGCUCUGAUUUUGGUAUUAAAAAUAUGUCACAUACAUAUAAUUUAACGACUGUGAAUAUAUGAAAUCAUAUACAUGAAGUGUGGAUUAAGAAAUUAAUAUGAAAGCUAUCUUAGUAGUGAUGAACACUACUUAAGCAGUAGUUAAAAAAAAGCCUGAAAAGAAUUCAGGCCUGUACAGGAUUUGAAUCCAUGACCUCUGUGAUACUGGUGCAGUGCUCUACCAACUGAGCUAACUAGCAUGUUAUUCUCAGUGAAAUAUAAAAAUGAAACACUGUGAAACUAUUAAUCAUUUGGAAGGAGUUAACUAAAUACAAAAAUGUUCAAAGAAAGAGACAUUACCUAUUAUAUUGGUGGAGAUCAAAUUCAGGGAAGUUGAGUCAAAACUAACACAGUGGUUUAAGACUUAAUUACGAUAUCAUAACAUGGUGAAAAACUUGCAGAACUCUCAAACAAGCCUGAAGACUAUGUGAAUGAGUAAAAUCAGUACGAAUUAACAAAUUUUGUUUACACACAAUUGUUUUUCUUGACUCAGUUAAUUCUUUAACUC